AUGGCUGACUGCAAGGAAGACGAACUUCAUGUUGAACAGCGAGCUGCCUCGUCGCAAAGCGACAUUCGCACCGAUGCUGAAAGUCAAGCUCCUUUCAAUAGAUCCACAGACGUCGAGGUUGAGGUAUUCCCUGAAGAUCGCAAUGUGGGCUACCUUGAAUACAGACAAGGCCAGGAUAUAGACACUUCAUCCAAAGAGGCUUUGCGUGUUCGUCGCAAGAUCGACUUGGUCAUUCUGCCCAUCUUCUUCGUGACACAAUGCUUGCAAUUCAUGGAUCGCACCGCCCUCAACUAUGCCAAUCUCUUUGGCUACCAACAAGCUCUGUCGCUACACGGCACCCAGUUCAACUACUUGUCGGCUAUCGUGUACGCAGGCUACUUUUUCGGUCAGUAUCCUUGCGGCUGGCUAAUCGGUCGCUACCCAGCCCAAAAGGUCCUUUCCAUCACAUGCCUCUUUUGGGGUCUUAUGGUCCUCCUCCUAACUCAAUGCCACAACUACGGAAGCGCCAUGGCAGUGCGUUUCCUGAUGGGUGCCUUCGAAGCCGCCGUCACACCAGGCCUCACACUGAUGACCGGAUUCUGGUACACGCGUGCCGAAAUCCCUCUUCGACAGUGCAUCUGGUACUCCUCCCUCGGCUUCGGUGGGAUAAUUGGUAGCUACAUCAGCAUGGGCAUCUCCACCCUCCCCGAAUCCAGCAGCCCAGCACGCUGGCAACUCAUCUUCUACAUCCUCGGCGCCGUAACGAUCGCCUGGUCCGCCGUCCUCUGGUUCUGCCUCAGCGACACCCCGACCUCAGCACGCUUCCUCUCCCACCCCGAACGCCUCAUCGCCGUCGCGCGUGUCGCCUCCAACACCACCGGCCUCAAGUCCCAGUCCUUCGACCGCCACCAAGCCCUCCUCUCCCUCUACGACUGGAAGACGAUCCUCAUAUUCCUCUCCACCUUCGCCGCCGCAAUCCCCAAUGGCGUGCUACAAUCCUUCUCCACCGUCAUCAUCCGCGAUCUGGGCUUCAGCACGACCAAAACCACGCAGCUCAAGUCCGUGGGCGACGCCAUCCAGAUCGUCGCGUUACUGAUCGCCGGCAUCAUCACGCUCAACGUCCCCAACACCCGCCUCCUAACCGCCACUGCAGCCAAUAUCAUCUGCACUACAUCCGCCGCCCUCAUGGCCUUCCUCCCCCGCCAGCACCCCUGGCCACGCCUCAUCGCCUUCUGGCUGACCAACACGCAAUCCGUCUCCUUCACCAUCGCUUUGACUCUUAUAACCAGCAACAUGGCGGGCUACAGCCACCGGGCCUCGGCCUCGGCCCUCGUCUUCACCGCCUACUGCUGGGGCAAUUUCGCGGGGCCCUUUGUCGUGCGGCAGGACGAGGCGCCGGAAUACCGGUCCGCCGCGUGGGGGUUGCUGGGCGGGUACGCGGUCAAGACGGUGUGUCAGGGGCUGUUGUUGGCGGGGUUGUGGUGGGGGAAUCGGACGAGGGAUCGGAGGUGGGGGGUUGUGGUGGUCGGGGGCGAGGAGGAGAGGGUGGCGAGGGAGAUGGGGAUGCGGGGGAGGACCGAGUGGGAGAUUAAAGGCUUUAGAUAUGUGCUGUGA